ACAGACACUCCGCUGCUGAUAACCUGCACUGACAGGAGGUUGUAAACUGCGAUCAAACAGUUGGAUCCGGACUCUUGAACUGGCUGUUUUCUCUGUAUUUGACUGUCUUGGACACGUCUAUUUGCAAAGGAUGAUUCGCGAUAUUUUGGAUGUUUCAUCAAAUAAAAGAAUCCCGCCCCCCCCCCGAGACUGCACGGUGAUCUGAACCGGACAGAGUGAAGUUAUCAGGUUUCUUCCAAUUAGCCAAGAAGACGUGCGCUCUCCCACCCUGGAUACACAGUUAUGACUCGGCCUGUCAAAAUAUUUCCUUCCCCUUUCUCCUCAACUCUGUUGCACUUUGACAUCUCAUUUAGCUAGUAUGCAAACCUUUGGACAUUUGCGCCUUUUGUGUUGGAUUAGGGCUUGGUUUUCUGUAACUGUCAAGGUAAAUGAUGAACGAUAAUAUCCAAGUGAAUGUUGAAAAGUGCCCUGAGAAUGAUACUUUAGCCAUUAAUGCUCAGACUAAGGCUGUGUUCAGACACACUUUAGCUCUAUGUGAAAAAACACAGCCUCUUCACAGCAGGAAUGCCAACGCAGAGGGCUCCAGGCAAAAACUGCAGGGUCGUCUGACAAAAAAGUUGAACCUGAAUUAACUUUUACUGCAACACAACAUCAUCCUGCAAGCCACUGCAUUGGCAAAACAAAUACGUAGAUUACUUUAUAAUGCGAACGGAGUAUUUCUACUGUUUAUCUCACCAUCAUCACGACAGAAAAUAAAAUAAUUGCCACCGUAAUAACUUUCCUCUUAGUAUCAUAAACCGCUGUGCAGUGUUUUGGCAUCUGAUAAGCUUUUACAUUCACAGAUCUAUUACUGAAACUGGACUUCCUGGAUUGUAUUUCAUGUCUCACUGGUACCUAAAGCAACAUUCCCACCAACCCCUUGCGUUGUUUUAACGCAGGGCUGAUUUCAGUCUGAACGCUCGCUAAUGGGGGCCUCUCAUAGGUGCAGGUCAUCCAUAAAACCUUCUUCCAGUGGUCUUUUGUUUGUGGGAACAUUGUGGCUUCUGUCGAUGAUUAUGACUGCGUAUGCUUGCCCUAAGAUCUGUCACUGCGCGGACAGGAACGGUGUGGUGGUGCAGUGCACCUCACACAACUUGGAGAACAUCCCGCCGAACUUGCCCAAGGACACAGUCGUUCUCUUGCUUUCGUCUAACCGGAUCAGACACAUCCCGAAGGAGGCCUUCACAGACCUGCACCGCCUAAGAGAACUUGACUUAUCUCACAACGCCAUUGAGAGCGUGGAGGUCGGUGCCUUUCAUGGAAUUUCCGAGAGCCUGCGGACUUUGGAUCUUUCAAACAACCACCUCAGCAGCCUCCCCAAAGACACCUUCGCCAAGCUCCAUGCCCGUGUACGCCUUUCCCACAACCCCUGGCACUGUGAGUGCUCUUUGCAGGAGGUGCUGAGGGAGCUGAGGCUCGACCCCGAGACGGUGAACGAGGUCAGCUGCUACACGUCGGUGCAGGAGGAGUACGUUGGACAGUCGGUGAUCCAAGUCCUAGACUCUGGGAUCAACUUUUGCAAUUUCCACCACAAGACAACAGAUGUGGCCAUGUUUGUGGCCAUGUUCUGCUGGUUCUCUAUGGUGACAGCUUACAUCAUUUACUACAUCAAACACAACCAGGAGGACGCCAGGAGGCACAUGGAAUACCUCAAGUCCCUGCCCAGCACUUCCCACAUUAGCAAGGACUACGACACAGCCAGCAGUGUGUUUUAGUGUGUUGAGGCAAACCUGAGAGCCAGUUUAGUGUAAAUCAGAGUUCAGUGAAAUUAGGUAACUGAAAAAUAAUUCCCACAGCUUCAGAGGGGGAUACUUGUAGAAAAAUAUCACGUUUAAGUUUAAAGUUGUUUUUGUGAGAGCCUAAGUUUUGAUGUAUUUUUAAAAAGUAAAUCCUGCCUGGGGGCUGGGCAGCAGAGAGAGUAGCAGAGAGAGAUGAAAAAAUGAAAGUAAUAUUUAGAUGUAUUAUCUGUUAAAUUCCCUGUCAAGACCAGUGUAUGUUUCUUAAUGUAAAGAGUUUGUAUAGUUAAUAAUCCAUAAAGGAUCUAAACCAGUAGUGCAGAUUUAGUGGCACUGAACCCUUCUGGCACUUCUACACCUUACAUUUAAAGUGCAACUGCAACCAGGAAUUAAAUUUCACGCUUGAACACUUGUCACCUCACUUAAUGUUUUUCAUCAAAAGUUAAUAACUUUCUCACGUUUGAGAGAGAAAAUAAUCAAUUCCUGUCACAGAAAACACUGAUUAGAUGAGCCUGUCUCAGCUAUCAAACAAAUCCUGUUGAGAUUUUUCCUUUUAAACAAUCCUACCAGUUUUUAUAAAUUGCACUUAUAACUUGUAACUUGUAACAUUUCUCAAGUUUAAGAUAGUAGAAAGUAGUUUUGUGAAAUUCCUACCUGCCGUUUUAGGAUGAAGCUUGUGAAUGAGAAUAGAUCACACAAGUUCCAGCAGUUCUAGUCAUGUUAAACACAUAACAACAUAGGAAAAUCAUUGACACAUUGGGAGACCUAAGUAAAAGUACUGUUUGAAUAUCUAUUGUCAAUCUAUUGUCAAUAUGUACACUCACUGGAUCUGUGUUUUCUUCUUCUGCGUGGUUAGUUCAAGUGAAAACAAACUAUUGCAGUAGUUGCAGUCAAGUCAAGUUUGCAUCCAAAUGUGCGCAAAUAGUGCACAUGCGCCAAUGUACAUGCUGCCUGUUGCCGUAGCUCCGUCUUAAAGAGUUUCCCCUCGGGGAUCAAUAAAGUAUUUCUGAUUCUGAUUCUGAUUUCUGAAAUAUAGCGAGAAUUUUGACCGGAUUUCCCAAAAUUUGGCAAAAGAAAAAGUGAAUUAAUGUGCUCUUCCAUCCACUACUGUUUUGUUAAUACUAGAAGUUGGGCGCACAUAAUAAACAGUCAGUGGCGCUAAUUCUCCAGUCCGGUGCCAUUGAACCAUUGCAGAAGAAGAGGGUGUACCAAGAUGACAUAAUUAAAUAAACAGCAGUCAAACCUCAAACAGUGGAAAACCAUGCGGAAAACGUGAUGAAAAUAUGACAUUUGUGUUUGAUACACGUAUUAAUUUGAGGAACGUUAGUCAUCUCAUCACUCCACACAGAUCUGAUGUUGUCAUCUGCUGCCAUUUUGUAUCUAAUUUCUGGCAUUUACACUUUUUUGGGUUUUUUUUUAUUGAAUGUGCAUUAAAACAGGUGGAUGGAAAUGCACUUACAGUUCAACAAGUCUCCAGAACGACAUGUUUUCUAAUCUGACACCCCAUAUCGGCAGGAUGACAUCAUUUGUCAGUGCGUUUCAAAACUGUCACAUAUCACUGUUGAAAAAAUAAAUUACAUUUUCUGAUCUUACACCCCUAUGGUUAAGGUUUAGUUAGGUUUAGUGACAAAAAGGCCUUGGCUAGGUUUUGGGAAAGAUCGUAGUUUGUGUUACAAUAACUACUUGAUUAAGGUUAUGCAAUGAAAUGAUUGAAGCUGUUGUUUUUCUUAGAAGGACAGUGUCCUCAGUUAGUGGUUUCUUCAGUUCACUUUUUGAUUUACAAUAAUAAAAUUGGUGUAUUUCUAAUUAAAAGCUUGACUACUGCACCUUUUUGUUUAUUCAAGUCAGUUUUCUAGGGGUUGUAUUUACACCUGAGUUCCUGCUUUUUCAUGGGUCAGUGAGUAUCCUAGCCUGUGGCUCAGUAAGUCAGAUACAGCUUUCUCACUACUUCUUAUCACA